AUGAUUGUUAUGACCAAUAUCACGCACGCUCUCAAGCAUGAGUUUCACUUCUCAAAUUGGCAAGCUGGAAGCCUGGACGCCUUUUCCUUUUCGGGCCUGGCCAUUGGACACUAUGUGGCCGGUUUUCUCGCGGAUCUGAAGGGUCGACGCUUGCCGAUCGUUCUCGGCUACCUGGGGAUCAGCCUCGUAGGCCUCUUCAUGACGCUGGCGUCCGGCUACAAGUCCAUGGUACUCCUUCGGAUCUUUCAUGGUAUCGCAUGUGGUGUUGGAGUGCCACCAGCUAUGUCAAUGAUCGCAGAGAUCAUGCCAAGUGACUGGCGGCCUUUCAUGUUUAUCAUCUUCUGGAGCUUCACAGCCGUUGGCGAAACCUAUGCUGCCCUUGGCCUUAUCAUUUUCAUGCCCUCCUUAACCGAAAGCACAUCCUGGAAACAGGCAGUUCUGUGGUCUGCUUUACCGGCUUUUCUGAUGUUGCUUUCAUCCCUGGCGCGGCUGCAAGAAAGCGCACAUUGGUUGGCUGUGCGAGGGCAUCUUGUCGAAGCGCGAAUCGUGUUGGAACAGAUGGCCCGCAUGAACCAGAAGCUGGACGUGUUGAAGAAACUCGGGACACUGCCAGCAUGUUCCCACGAUUUGUCGAUCCUGUACAACGUUGCUUUAUUCUCCGUGCUGGCUAGCACUGGUAAUAUUGAGACAUUUGGGCUCAGCAACGUUUGGCCUGAACUCUUGCGGCAUGAAGCCCAUGGUCUUCAUGAAGCUGUGGGCCCUGCCGUCAAGCUCAUGUUCAUUGUGAGUGUUGGCAUACCUGUUGGUGUCCUUUGUGCAUUGAUCUCCUUAUCAAAUGCAGCAUCCCAUAAGAUUUACAUCAUGAUUGCUGGAUUCUUGGGCUGUGUUGGACUGACCUGUAUCCUUGUCUUCGAGCACUCGAGCGCCUUGCUUUUGACUUCCAUGCUCAUUACGCAUAUGUCUGGGACCUUGGAAUACUCGGUGGCGAUGAUUUGGUGCGAAGAGUCCUUUCCGACAAAGGUCCGUGCGUCGGCCACGGGCGUCGUGAUUUUCUUUGGCACUCUGUGGUCCGUCACUUCUCCUUUGCUCCUCACAGCAGUCGGUGAGAAGGGUUUCAUUCUCAUCGCUGGCGUUGCCUUUGCCAUGGCUCCUUUAGCAGCGUUGCCGCUCCAAGAGACACAUGGCCCCUCGGCAUCAGGGAUUGGUGCAGAGCUGCAAGAUUUCGCGGACGAGGAGGACGAGGAGGAGGACGAGAUCGAGGAAGAGGACGAGGACGAAAUCGAGAGCAGUGCACCACGACGCGACGGAAUUCAGCUCUCUUGGGCCUUCUCCAACGGGACGAUUGGCGCUGCCAUGGAGCUCUCAAUGAUUGCCGGGCUGCUGGGCGCUGUACCCGGCGUAUCGUUCACAUCUUUUUAUUCGUCCAUGGGUUUUAUCAUUCACCAAAGCAAGGACCGGAGUUUCUUCACCAAGGAGAUGCUCCUUGGGAAUGGCAUCGCAGUGGCUACACAUCUCUUCUUGCGCAGAGAGGAGGUCGAGGUCGAGAUCUCGGUCCCGUUUCAGAAACGACUCGUUUCCAUCUUCCGUCGAUUGGUCCUCUCGUCUUUGUUCUUGGCAGUGGUGAAUUUCUUCAUGGCCUUCUGCGAGAGUGAAAUGAGCAUGUUGACCUUGGGCUCUGUGCAGAGCUUUUUCAAUGCCAUCCUCUUGAAUACCAGCCACGCACUGACGAAGCCACUGAACCGCAAUGGCUCGGUACAGUUGGGUUUUCUCUCGGGGGCUCUACUUCCCAUUUUGACCAUCCCAUUUACGGGCUUUGGACCUAAGAGCUCCUUGCUCAGUCGCCUCGCCUUUUACUUGGUGCCCUCGAGUUUCUGCUUUCUCAUUGGGCUACUCAUUUGGGCAUACCAUCGCCGAGUUGCAAUGCACUUGGAGACAGCUCAAACGGAUGAUGCUGAUGCAGAUGCACCUCGAAACAUUGCAGAUUUGGCCGAAGCUUACAAGAAUUUCAAAGAGACCUUCUAUGAUGCGACAGGAAGUUUGCACCCACGUCAUGAAAUCAGAUGCGCAUGA